AUGACGCCAACACAGUUCGACAUCUUUGUCAAGCGGCUCAUUGCGCUGAAGACCCCGAAGGUCGUGGUUCUACUGGUGCUCCUGACUUGGUGGCUAGAUCUACCCGGAAGAGAUGGUCCACCGUAUCAAGUGUUGGAAUACUUUGCCGGUGUGGGCCGCGUUGCUGCCAUGGCCAAAUUUGCUGGGUUUAAAGCUGCGGCCAUUGACAUUGAGUAUGGGAAGUCUUUGGGGAAAGAACGGGGAUCCAGGUGCCACAGGGAUCUAUUUGUGACCUUUUUGGUGCUAUGGAAUGGUGCGCUGAAUCAACUCUCUGGGAUGAAGAGGAAACGCUAUUUUGUUUCCGUGGGCGGUGUCAUAGAGCGCAUGGAUCUUCCCUCCCGUGUGUUCUCAACAGGGACUUUGAUGGCGGGAGUUGACUUGGUCAAUGAGGAAACAGGUAUGGAUACCUUAAACGACAAGAGCGAUGAAGACUUGCAGAGGGAACUGGCCGAGUUGGAGACAUUGUUGCAGGACAAGCCACGCAACGCAGCUAUGGCUGUGCCUGUGGCACCUAUCCCUACACCAGUCCGCGCACUGGUAAAUUCAGGUGAUGCUGGACCAGAAGAGGAAACCGCAAUGGAGCUCACUUCGGUCUCGAGCCCCUUCCAAGACAUUGAGGCCAUGGAGCAGGCUGCAAGUGGGGAAGCUCCGGUCACUCCAAACGAGAUGAAGAAGUUGCGGCGUAUGAUGACACCGCGUGCUGAUGGUAGCCUUCUAGACACGUUCAUGAAGAAGUGCAAGAAGAAGGUGCAAUUCAUUGAGGAGCAAGAUCUAUGGGUGAAUGACCCUACGAUUCUAAUUGAAGCUGAUGGAACUGACAACCAGCACAAGACCUUGAAGCUCUUGAACUUUCCGGUCAUGGACGACGCUGAUGCUUUGGCAAGCUCUUACAUCCCCCGCGUGUUGACGUGUCUUUCCAAGUGGGGCGUCAAGAUCCAAUCCAUGAUGGAGGUGUUGGAGUCCGUUGAGGAUCUAUCUGAUAACCUGAGGCAGUUGCUUGAUCGGGCCCGGGAGAUUGAGAAGAACUUGCAGGCAGUGACGGAAAGGGUCACUACUACCAGCACCGAGGGUAUUUUGGCGGGCUACAAGAAAGACAAAAAGUACCAAAGCACUCCAGGUUUGCUUCUGUCGAUCUUGCAUUGUAUUUCGGAAGACCUGAGACAGUUGUGCACCGAUGGUGUGAAACGACCUGAAGGCACAUACAAAUUUGCAUUGCUCGGGUUCAAAGGCGAUUUGGAGUACGUUGCCAAGUGUGGCAUGUUGAGCAGAAGCUAUCAGAAUGUUGGCCACGUGAAUCAGAUAGCUUGCUGUUCAGAUUGCAAGGCAGGGCUGCCCCAGUACCCGUUUGAAGACUUCACAGCAAGGGCACAAUGGAAAAGAACAGUGCACAUCGAGGUACCAUGGACAGCAAUACCUCCAUUUGCACCAAUAGCUUUCGAGCCCUGGAAUUCUGGCAAAGCGAGCAUGUGGUUCCGGGGGGACCCAUUUCAUAUCUUCAGGUUGGGCAUUGCGAGGAAUUUCAUCGGAUCAACGAUUGUCAUGCUUGCCCAUGAAGGACACUUCGACGAUACAACUGACGCAAGCGAGAGUCGGGCAUUGAAGGCGCGAUUGGAGAGAGGAUGGGCAAGCUUUGCCCUUUGGUGCCACACCCACCGGGAGACACCAGCUGGCCUCAGGUCUUUCUCCAUCCAAAAGCUUCACAUGCCUACUCAGGGAUCUUUUCCGUACAUUGGCUGCAAGGGGAGUGACACGAUCUUGCUACUUCGAUGGCUGCAAUGGUUUACAGGGCUGGCCCUGAUCAGCCAUCCGGCAGACAACACUCUGACUCUGAUGCUGCGUGGGUGUCAAGGGGGCCUCAGCUUUCAAAAGAUACACAACCAUGGCCUGUGGCUCAGGAGGCAGUGUCGCUUCAACAUUCACCGAAGCAUCAAAACCUUUCUCUCCGCAUAUGGUCACCUUGCACGGAUUGCUCAAAACAAGCGCUACACAUUGUACAGCAUGGUGCCAAAAGCGCAUGCUCUGGAUCACAUUGCUGAUUUCAUACAAAGGUCAAAUGGGAAUGAGUAUGUGUUGAACCCAUGCACUUUCGAUUGUUCCAUGGCAGAAGAUUACAUUGGACGCCUGGCGCGUCAAUCGCGCAGGGUCAGCGCCAAGAAUUGUGUGUCCAACACCCUGUUGGCAUACAAGGUGAAGGCACGCAUGCAGAUCUUGCGCCAUAAAAGGGCUCGAAAUCUGUGA